ACCCCCCAUGCGAACUAAUUUUCCAAUUAGUCUGGCUCCACAGUGGGUGGACACAUUUCCUGGCUCUUUAAUCUUCAACACUCUCGCACAGACGCACAAGCACAGUUUUCACCACCGGCGGAAAUGGCGACAGUGUCUGCAACGGCACCGCCACAACCAGCAGGCGCAAUAAGCCUUGACUCCGUCGGUCACAUCGACAUGUCUACACUCUCCCAGACGGAGCUCCAAGCCCUCUCUCUCUGCUCGCCCUCUGCCUUUGAUCUCCACCACUCCCACCUCCUCGCCCCCAAAAUCGACCGCUCGCUCUUCAACGAAUCCGCUGGCUCUCGCCGACAGACCUACUCCCGGCCCUCCAAUUCCAACCCAUCCGCCGGCCACCGCCGCCGCGUCGCCGGCCUCCUCCCCACCCCAAAGCCCCCUCCCGUCCCCUCCGACGACCCCGAACGUGUAGAGAACCGCCUCAUCAUCGACCACCUCAAGAAUUUCAUCGACAAGGACCCCCGGUUCGAUCACUUCGACCUAACCCUGCCCUCAUUGUCGUCCCUCUUUGUUGACACGAAUCGCGAGGAGGCGGAGCGAGAGAAUGCGGUGAGUUUUGCUGUGGAUAGGAAGAGGAAGAGAGGGAGGAAGCCGAGAGUAAAGGUUCUGCAUUUGGAGGAGGGGUAUGGGAGGGGUGUAAUGGAGAUUGUGAAUAGGGACGGUGCGGCAGUGGAUCUUACGGCAUUGGCAACUGCUGAAGACCCGUAUGGGGAGGAAUUGAGGAGGAGGACUGUUGGGAUGGAGAGUGAGGAGGAGUUGCUGGGGUUUAUGAGGGAAUUGGGUGGGCAGUGGGGGAGUAGGAGGAAGAAGAGGAAGAUUGUGGACGCGGGAGUGUUCGGGAGUGCCUUGCCGGUCGGAUGGAAGCUCUUGCUGGGGAUCAAGAGGCGAGAUGGCCGUGCCUCCAUUUACUGCCGCAGAUAUAUAAGCCCUACUGGACUACAGUUUAUAUCCUGCAAGGAAGCUGCUUCAUAUUUGCUGUCCUUUUUCGGUCUUAGUGAUGCACAAUGCCCUAGUAGUCAGAAGGGUGAAAACAAUCAACAGGACUACAGACUGAAUUCUGAAAAUCUUGCAGGCUUUACCCCAAAGUACAGAGACAGGCAAGAAGUCAUUUCGAGUUCAACCCCACCUACAAUUCCUAUAUCUAGUGAACAGGGGAAGGAAACAACCUUGUUGGGAAUGGAAAAUCUUGCAGAUGUCCAAAUACAUGAUCUAUUUGAAUGUCACAAGUGCAGCAUGACGUUUGAUGAGAAGGAUUCAUAUCUGCAGCACCUCUUAUCCUUUCACCAGAGGACUACGAGGAGGUAUAGACUGGGUUCUUCUGUAGGGGAUGGAGUGAUAAUUAAAGAUGGAAAGUAUGAAUGCCAGUUUUGCCAUAAGGUAUUUCUAGAAAGGCGCCGCUACAAUGGUCACGUGGGGAUACACGUGAGGAACUAUGUGAGGAGGGUUGAAGAAUUGCCUGGUCCAACAACUCUUGAAAAGAGAAUUGAGUCUCCAACGAGGGAUGAUGUGCCUUUAAGGAUAUCUAAAAUGGAUGCUUUGAUUGAAAUUGCUCAGAAUUCUAUUUUAGAGAGUUCUACUCUUAGAACUAAUGAUGAACCCAAUGGUGAUUCCACUCCUGAUGGACUGAAUGUUCCUUCUACUCAAGAAAUGCCUGCUGCCAAUUCUGAUCAUGAAAUGAAUCUUGGUUCUCCCCUUAGUGGACAGGAAAUGGAUGAUGGCAUGACUGACAUAACUCUGUAUCAAGAUUUAAGCCAGCAAGAUGGUGAGCACAUGAUCACUGAUGAAAAUAUGGAGAAGACUGAUGAUUCUAAUGAAGUGCUAGAUUCUAAGAGAGACUCUUGUUUGGAUGCUGCAACUGUUCUACCUUCUAAUGAGCAAAAUGGUAAUACAUCUGAAGCUCUUUGUGAAAAAGAUGGUUUGGCAUUUGUCGAUGAUAGAGGCAAAUCUGGGGUUCAGCAGGAGGUAGUUUCUGAAGGUCAUUUACUUGCUCAAUUUGGCAAUAAUUUGGUGUGUGAUGUCACGGAUGAUAUAAAUUUGGUUUGCACUAGCACUUCAGAGCAUCCCAAGCUUGGUGAAGUUAAUGAUAAUAGUGAGCUAAAAGUUGGCUUUGAUGGUGGCAAUGAUGGGCCAGCCAAUAAUAUUGUGACAGAAACUGAACAGAAAACUUCUGAAGAAAAUUUACUCCAGUGUGGGGUUUCUGAUUCCUUAAUCUCCCCAGAGCAACCUUUGCAAUAUUUCCCAAUAUUCAGCGCAACCUCAGAUAAGGGAGAAGAACAGUUAGGCAGUGUUGCCCAAAGGCACGACAAUGUAACUGGGUUUGAGGAACUUAGGUUGGAUGAAAUAGAACCUCUUAAGUAUGGUUCUGUGAGUGCACAAGAAUCUCUUUCCAUUCAAGAGGUACCCAUGGAUUUGACAUACAAUGCAGAGAUGGAAGGGGCAUAUGCUUCCUCCGUCCAGUUUGAGUCGGAAGAAGUCAUGUUAAAUAUGGCUGCUGGAAAUCAGCUUACAACUGUUUGUGUAUGGUGUGGAGUAGAGUUCAACCAUGAGGCUGUUGAUGCCGAAAUACAGCCGGAUUCUGUUGGUUUUAUGUGUCCAACCUGCAAGGCAAAAAUCUCCGGGCAUCUUAAUGUACUAGACAGUGGUUUACCAUUGAAUCCUCAUCAUCUUUGAUAAAGUUAUGUCUUUUUCAAUUGUCUGGGGAUAAGUUUUGCAUGAUAUCGGAUAAAUUCCAUUUUUGUAGGAUAGACUCUUUGUAUUUGGGAUGUUUCUGUCAUAUAUUGCUUGGUUGUUGUACUUGUCAGGUUAUGUUUUUCAGGUAACCUAUAUAAUUUACACUUGUAGUUUGGCUUGAAUUUGAUUAGUAAACCUGCAAUUUUUCUUGUA